GAGUUGCUGGCUAAUGUUUCCCCACAGGCGACUCGGACCUAUUGACCGUUUACAAUGCGUAUUGCGCCUGGAAACGAGCAAGGAGCACGCCUGGAUCCAACGAAUAUGCAUUCUGUCGGAAAAACUUUCUCAGUUCACAGACGCUGCUGAACAUCGAAGAUGUCAAGAUGCAACUCGUGGUAUCCAUAGCCGAUGCAGGACUUUUGCAACUGGACGCCUCGCAAAAGACCUCUCUGAACAGAGCCCGAUCCGGCGGCCGCAACCGUCAAUUCUUCACCAUCCCCGAAGAGUACGACAUCAACAGCGCCAAUGACACAGCAGUAAACUCCGUCGUCGCAUGGAGUUUCUACCCCAAGCUCCUCGCCCGCGAGGGUAAAGGAUGGCGAAACGUCUCAAACAACCAAUCGGUCACGCUGCACCCGACCUCGGUGAACAAACAGGCAGACGCAUCGGUGAAAUGGGUAUCAUUCUACCAUCUCAUGCAGGCGCGGAAUCGGAACUAUAACGCGCACGAGACAAGUGCUGUGGAUGAUUUCGCCAUUGCGCUGCUGUGCGGUGAUGCGGAGUUUAAGAUGUACUCUGGGGUGAUUUCCAUCGACGCCAAUCGGAUCCGAUUCGCGGUGCGAGACUGGAAAUCCAUGCUUGCGCUGAAGGUGCUUUCUGCGAGAAUCCGGGAGAUCCUCGCUGGCACGUUCCGUGAGCCGCAGAGGAGGCUGUCAUACAAGCAGCAGCAGUGGAUUGAGAUAUGGCAGACGAUCUUUUCGCAGGUGAAGCAGUGAUUUGAUUUGAUUGAUUUGUCGGUGUCUCGGUGUCGCGGUAUCUAUUGGUAAGGCUGGGAUUGUUGGUGUGGAAUAGGUAGGAUGGGAUGAUUUAU